AUGGACAAGGCUAAGGCAGCAAUCAACGACUUCAUGAGCAAGUCUGGUCACCAUGAUACCACCGUCCACGAGACCGUUGCCCCCUCAGUAAAGAACGAGGCGAUCAAGCCUCACAGGCAUGAGGAGAUCAACACUGCCAUCGAUAAGGAGGUUCACCAGGAUCACUACCACCGCACUGUUCAGCCAGUAAAGGACCGUGAGGUUCUUCCCGAGCAACACACUGCGCAGCUCGGCGCUGUCCAGCACCGAGAGUUCGACCACCGCGAUGCAGAGCACACCAAGCGCAACCUUGCUACCGAGCAGGCUCAGUUCAAGGACCAACGCGUUGUUCAUGACACUACCCACAGCCAGAGCGCUAACGCCGCCAUCGGCGGCGAGCAUGUGCACCACCACGUCCACGAGACCAUCCAGCCAGUAGUCCACAAGGAGACCAUCCAACCUAAUGUUGUCCACACCACUGUUCCUAUCCAUGAGGUCCACCGUAAGUAG